CUGAAUUGGAGCCAGUCUCACAGAGAUCUGAUGAUGAUGAUCCAAGAAAUGAAAAGGUGUUUGCCUGAAGAGAAAAGGAGUUCCAGCAAGUCUAGCACCAUCAGUGCUCUCAAUUAUGCCUUGCAGUGUGUCCAACAGGUCCAAGCAAACAAUGACUUUUUCCAGGCUCUGAAUGACCGAAGAGUGUUUCAGACAGAUGUGAUGACAUACAGCAUAGAGGAGUUGGUGGCAGUUGCAUCCGAACACACUCCAAAAAACACAGACACAUUUGUGGCUGUGUUUUCCUUGCUUUCGGGACGCAUGGUGCAUAUUUCUGAGCAGGCAGCAUCCAUUCUAAACUGUCAGAAGAAAGUGUUGGACUCCUGCCGGUUUGUCGAGCUGCUUGUCCCUCAGGAUGUUAGUGUGUUCUACACACACACUGACCAGUCCCACCUGCCACUUUGGAACAUGGAAAGUCAAACAGCAUCUCUGUGUGAAUAUGCCCAGGUGAAAUCAUUUUUCUGCAGGAUCAGGGGUGGUAAAGAUCAAGAACAAGAAACAUGUUGUUACCCCUUCCGAAUCACCCCGUACUUGGUCCAUGUGUGUACUUCUAUCCACGUGGAUGCAGAAUCCUGCUGCUUAGCUUUGGCUGAGAAAAUUCACUCUGGAUAUGAAGCUCCUCGAAUUCCUAUGGAUAAAAGAAUCUUCACCACCACUCACACCCCUGGAUGUGUUUUUCUUGAGAUAGAUGACAGAGCAGUACCUUUGUUGGGUUACUUACCUCAAGAUUUAAUUGGAACGUCCAUACUUCUGUAUAUGCACCCAGAAGAUCGUGCUUUGAUGGUUGCUGUUCACCGGAAAAUCCUGAAAUUUGCUGGCCAGCCUCCUUUUGAACAUUUACCUAUUAGAUUUUGUACUCAAAAUGGGGAUUAUGUCAUACUUGAUACCAGCUGGUCCAGUUUUGUGAAUCCUUGGAGCAGGAAAGUAGUGUUCAUCAUUGGCCGACACAAAGUCCGGACAAGUCCUUUGAAUGAAGAUGUGUUUGCUGCAAGAAAUAAGAAAACAAGCAGUGUUGAGAAAGAGAUAAGAGAAUUGCAAGGACAAAUCUACAAGCUGCUUCUGCAGCCAGUUCAUAGCAAUGUUUCCAGUGGUUAUGGAAGCCUUGGAAGCAAUGGCUCUUAUGAGCACUAUAUCAGCAUAGCAUCUUCAAGUGACUCCAAUGGGAAUUGUGCAGAGGAAAUACAGGAACCAAUGACGUUGCAACAAGUUUGUGCAGAUGUCAACCGAAUAAAGAAUCUGGGACAGCAGCUGUAUAUUGCAUCAAGGAGCAAGCCACAGAAUGGAGAUGAACAGGAUAUGAGCUCAGAAAUCCUAGGAGGGAAGAGGCACACCCCUUCCUGUUUUCUUCAGACAUUGAGAAGUGAUAGCACAGAAGAACCAGGCAGUGCAUUUUAUGGGGAUUCAAAGAAGUCUCCACGUGUUCCUUCCUAUCAGCAGAUCAAUUGUGUUGAUAGUAUCAUCAGAUAUCUAGAGAGCUGCAGUAUUCCAGCAUUGAAAAGGAAAUGUAAAUCUUCUGCAAAUACAUCAUCAUCAUCUUCAGAAGAUGACAAGCAAGUCCAGCAAAGUUGUCAGGAAGUUGAGGCAUUGGAAGAUAUUGCUAUGCUUUCAGCAGUUAAUUCCCAAACUCCAAUAUCUGCUGACCGGGAAGAGAUGCUGAAAGAUGAGACAACUGCAGGCCUGGUGGGAGCUCCUCUGGCAGACCUGACCCUGUCCAACAAGGCUCCAAGUGUGGUGUCUGUCACCAGCCAGUGCAGUUACAGCAGCACUAUAGUGCAUGUCCCACAUCCUGAAUCAGAAGUGACUACGAUGGAGGAUACUACUGUUGGAAGUGAACAAAUUGAGCUGCCUCCUGUGAAUGCUCAGAGUCUCACUCUGGUACCUGAGGACUUAAAGCCAGUUGGGCUAACAAAGGAGACGUUGUCAGCCCACACUCAAAAGGAGGAGCAGAACUAUGUUGACAAGUUCCGUCAGAGGGUCUUGCUCUCUCCAUUUAGGACUUACCUUCAGCAGGGGAGCAGAAGUAACAAUGGACAUUCCUGUGGCCAAGGAAAUUCCCCUUCAAAACAGAUGAGCCCAGCUAGCUGUAAAAAAGGCAAACGUGGAAAAUUCAAGUGGCAGAAACCUCAGAGACAGUCCUCAGAUAGCCACUCUUCUAGUAAAAAUAGGAAUAGUCUUCCAUGGGAGAAGAGGACAAUCCAGAAACAGUCAUUCUCUCCCUCAGAAAUGUCUGAUCUGAGCUCCUCCAGUAUGAAUUUUGUUCAUCCAGUGGGAUUGCCUGUCUGUUCAGAUCUGCUGUCUAGUUUUCCAGCCUCUUCUGCAGGAGAGGAGCUUGCUUUUCCCUCAUUAAAACCUGAGUCCAUGUCAUCCUCAUGCUGUGAAGCACUGUCCUGCCCAGCACUUUACUCUCCAAACACAGGCACAUUUAUGGCUGUGUUUUUUCAGAGUUUGCCUAUGUAUGCACAAACGCCUCAAUAUGUCCUGCUUCCUAGCCCUCAGUACAUUUAUCCCCCCUCUUCACAUCCAUGUGUUACACUACCUCCAGGCCCCCCUCCUGCUCCAUCACCAGGACCACUGCACUUUGUGGAUCAGCCCUUUCCAGGCUCUCCUGCCGCAUCCACGGAGGACCAGCAAGAGGGCCAGUGUGACCAGGCCUUGCUGCUGAGUAGCUCACGGAGCAGCUCCCCACUUCAGCUGAACUUGCUUCAAGAAGAGUUGCCAAAACCAAUGGAGCUCUCCUCUAGUGCUGGUGUCGCAGCGCAUGCAGAAGCUACAUGUGGCAAUGAUCCAGAAGAUAGUGGUAACAGUGCUAGCCAUUGUGCUCCUAGAGAGUUCACGGACCGCUUGCUGUUCGAGGACUCCCAGUUGGGUACAAGUUCAGCAGCAUCAGGCAGUGAAUCAGCUUUUUCUGGUUCUUUAGGCUCUGGCUGCAACAAGACUUCUGGUUGUGGCACAGGUAGUGGGAAAAGCAGCAAAUAUUUUGCAAGUAAUGAUUCUUCUGAAGCUUCCAAAGGAGAGAAGAAUCAGAAAGCAGAAGAAAAAGGGACAGCUCAUAAAUCCGAACAUGAAUCAGCCUGGGCAAUGAUGAAUCACACACCCGAGCAAGUUCUAAUGACUUACCAAAUGCCAAACAGAGUUAAAGAGGAGGUUUUAAAGGAGGAUCUGGAGAAGCUGAUAGUCAUGAGGAAGCAGCAACCUUGGUUUACAGAUGGGCAAAAGAAGGAGCUUGCAGAGGUGCAUACGUGGAUUCGGACUCAGACUGUUCCACUGCAAAUCAGCACCCAAGGCUGUGUUACAUGUGACAUGAGGGAAGCAAGUUGUGAGGCUGCAAUGGCUGAUGACAAUAUGGAAAACAAGAGGAAAUCGCUGGAAAACAAGGGGAAAUCACUGGAAAACAAGGGAAAACCACCUCCAUUCUUGAAACACUGA